AUGGACUUUGACGACGAAGAACCUCCUAUGUUGGUAGACAUCAAAGAGCAUGAAGCCAAACAUGCUCUCGAAGACUCCAAACCCAUUAAAGUCCCUAUAACUAUCGUGACAGGGUAUCUAGGCGCGGGAAAGACAACUCUGAUGAACUAUAUUCUGAACGAACAACAUGGAAAAAAGAUAGCCGUGAUCUUGAAUGAAUUUGGUGACACGAUUGAUAUCGAGAAAUCUCUGACAGUCAACAAAGGUGGUGAGAAAGUCGAAGAGUGGCUUGAAGUUGGCAAUGGCUGCAUAUGCUGUUCAGUGAAAGACUCCGGAGUUAAUGCAAUUGAAUCCUUGAUGGAGAAGAGGGGUGCUUUUGACUAUAUCCUUCUUGAAACCACGGGCCUGGCUGAUCCAGGGAACAUUGCUCCCCUUUUCUGGGUUGACGAAGGCCUCGGCAGUACCAUCUAUCUUGAUGGGAUUGUCACUCUUGUUGACGCCAAGAACAUCCUGACAAGUCUCGAUGAACCUAUUCAAGACACUAUUCAGCAUGAAGAGCAUGAGGGCCAUCAUGGGCCUGCUUUGACAACAGCACAUCUGCAAAUCUCACAUGCAGACGUUCUUGUCAUCAACAAAUCAGACCUCGUUAGCGAGGAGGAGUUGAAGGCCGCCAAAGAACGAGUACAGGCUAUCAACGGCCUCGCAAAUCUCUACAUAACCUCCCAGGGAAAGGUACCGCGACUGGAAGGCUUCUUGUUAGAUCUCCAUGCAUAUGACGAUGUGGGAGCUUUGGACGUGGCGGUUAAAGGUCACAGCCACCUGGACCAAACGAUUGCAACCAUUACCAUCUCCGUUCCAGUACUUAAGCCUGAACAACUACCUCGUAUUGAUGAGUGGCUUAGAUCAAUCCUGUGGGAUUCUAAAUUGCCAUUUCCUGGCGCAGGCGAAGAAGAUUUCGACAUCCACCGGCUGAAAGCACGAUUGCCACUCACAAACGGAGAUGUCAAGAUUGUUCAAGGUGUUCGGGAUGUCUUCGAAAUUGUGGAUGCGCCCAAUGCUAGCGAGUCAAAAGGAGCAGGCCCAAAUCUGGGUGGAAAGAUUGUAUUGAUUGGACGGAAUCUUGUUGAUAAACCAUUCGAGGAGUGCUUGAUCAGUAUAAUUGGUUUAUGA